AUGAAACUGUUCCUACUAACUCUUUCCGUGGCCUUGGCCCUGGUGGCUGGCUCCCCGGCCCGCCUCAACCGCACCAGCCUGCUCCACCAGGUGACCUUCUCCGAGGGUCCCGAGGGUCGCAUCGUCAACGGCUACCCGGCACCUGAGGGCAAGGCUCCCUACAUCGUGGGUCUGUUCCUCUUGAACGAUGGCAGCAACAGCGGUGCUGUUGGUGCUGGUACCAUCAUUGCCAACGAUUGGAUCCUGACCGCCGCCCAUUGCCUGACCACCGACUACGCCGAGAUCCACUACGGAUCCAACUGGGGCUGGAACGGCGCCUACAGGCAGACCGUCCGCCGCGACAAUUUCAUCAGCCACCCCGACUGGCCCAGCCGUGGCGGCACCGACAUCGGUCUGAUCCGCACUCCCCGUGUGGAGUUCACCGGCCUGAUCAACAAGGUUGCCCUGCCAAGCAUGAACGAGCAGAACGAACGCUACCAGGACACCUGGGUCGUUGAGUGCGGAUGGGGUGGCAUGGACAACGGAAACCUGGCCGAUUGGCUGCAGUGCAUGGACGUCCAGAUCAUCAGCAACAGCGAGUGCGAGCAGUCCUACGGAUCGGUCGCCAGCACCGACCUGUGCACCCGCCACUCCGACGGCAAGGGAACCUGCGGCGGCGACUCCGGUGGACCCAUGGUUACCCACGACAACGCCCGUCUGGUGGGUGUGAUCACCUUCGGCUCUUCUGACUGCCACAGCGGUCCGUCCGGCGGCACCCGCGUCUCCGACUACCUGGGAUGGAUCCGCGACCACACCGGCAUCUCCUACUAAAUCCCUUGAGGAUUCCUUUCCUUUUCCUAAUAAAGUCUAUUGAAA